AUGUCUACUGCAUUCGACCCUUCCGUCGACAUUCCCGCCCUCAAUGGCAAGGUCAUCCUAAUCACAGGCGCCAACGCCGGCCUCGGCAAGCAGGCUGCAAUAGACCUAACGAAGCACAGCCCAGCUCUCAUCCUCAUGACAUCGCGCGACGAGUCCCGCGGCCAGGCUGCUCUGGAGCAAGUGAAAGCUACAGCCACAAAGGGUACGAGAGUAGCCUUGGUGCACCUCAAUCUGGCAAGCUUUGCAUCCAUCAAGCAAGCCGCCCAAACUGUCAUGUCGCAGACAGACAGGCUGGAUGUUCUGAACUUGAAUGCCGGCAUUCUGGGAGCGCCUGCCGGCCUAACUGAAGAAGGCUAUGAAAUUACCAUGGGCGUGAAUCACGUCGGCCACGCCCUUCUUCUCAAGCUUCUUACACCCUUGCUUGAAGCGACCAGCACGUCCACCGGGACCCCCUCCCGAGUCCUGAGCAUCAGCUCCGUAGGAUGGAAAUACCUCGAGCAGCCGGUCAUCAAUUUCGACGCACUCCAUACUCCCGACGCCGGCCUCGCGAGUAUGCAGCGCUAUAUGCAGAGCAAGCUGGCCAACGUUCUAUACGCCCGCGAAUUUGCCAAGCGCCAUCCCACCCUCAAGAUUGUGUCCUUGCAUCCUGGAGAGGCGGACACCGAACUGUACUCGCGUGAGCCUGGCGACGACUUUGUUGUGUACCUGCAGAAAGAAGUUGCGCCGAAGCACGUGGUGCCACUGAGUGAGGGAGUCAAGCACGAGCUGUGGGCCAUGACUGUGGUGGACGAGAAGCUUGACAAUGGGGCUUACUACGAACCUAUUGGCGUAAAGGGACUCCUGGAGAAGGCGGCGGCUGACAAUGAGCUCGCUGCCAAGCUCUGGGACUGGACGGACAAGGAGAUAGACGGGCAUGGUCUGUAA